AUGUCUACACUGAGGGCGCUAGAGAGAGAAGAGCCAAGUUAUUUUGGGGCUGGGCCUGCACUUUUACCAACAAGCGUAUUACAGCAAGCGGCUUAUGACUUGAUUUCAUAUGAGAACGACUCUAUUGGGAUUGGUGAAAUAUCCCAUCGUUCUAAGCCUGCUACUAAAGUAAUUGACGAUACCAAAGAUAAUUUGAAAACCUUGUUGAACAUUCCAGACAACUAUGAGGUUUUUUUCCUUCAAGGUGGUGGUACUGGUGGGUUUUCGUCUAUUGCUUAUAACAUGAUGGCUCAUUAUGCUAAAAGAACAGGUAAAAAAGGGAAAGCGGCAUAUGCCAUUACUGGAUCGUGGUCGGCAAAAGCACUCGAAGAGGCUCAAAGAUUGGGGUUUGAUUCCUACACUGUUGUCAAUACAAAAGGUGACAAUUAUAGUGAUAUUCCUGCUUUUUCCAGAUGGCAACCAAUUCAAGAGGAUACUGCGUAUUUGUGGGUUUGUGACAAUGAAACAGUAUAUGGUAUUGAGUUCAACGACGUGCCGGGUGCAGACUAUUUGCCUGCAGAUGUUCCAUUGGUCGCGGACAUGUCUUCAAAUAUUUUGUCGAAAAAGAUUGAUGUUAGCAAGUAUGGUGUAAUAAUGGCUGGAGCACAAAAAAAUAUUGGUAUUGCCGGGUUGACAAUUUACAUUGUUCGAAAAGAUUUAUUGGACCAGGCUACCGAUGCCGAAUUGAGAAAGCUAGAUAUCCCAUUGCUGCCUAUCUGCUUCAACUUUCCAAUAGUUGUUAAAAACAACUCUGCUUAUAACACUAUACCAUUGUUCACCUGUCAAAUCUUGAAGCUUGUAACUGAAAAAUUAAUCCAAGACAAGGGAAUUGACGCAAUUGAAAAGAUCAACAUCAAGAAGGCAGAGGUGUUGUAUGAAGCAUUGGAAUCGUAUCCAAAUUUCUACAAAUUGCCACUGACAAACGCAAAAGUAAGAUCGAAAAUGAACGUUGUGUUUAAAACCCCAAGUGAAGACUUGGACUCCAAGUUUGUUGAGGAGGCAAAUGCAAAAGGGUUGAAAGGUUUAAAGGGACACAGAUCCGUUGGCGGUAAUAGGGCCUCUAUAUACAAUGCGGUCUCGCUUGCUAGUGUAGAGAAACUCUCAAAAUUUGUAAAAGAGUUUGCCGAGGCAAACUCUUGA